AUCUUCCACUCGCAGAGCUCAAAUACAAAAUUACCAAUAACCAUGCUCGCCCAACAUGUCAAGAAUAUCAUCAAGGCUGCAAAGCCAAAUGUUCUUUGCCUUCUCUUCUCCGCAUCAACAGUGGCAGUAUAUCAGACCAUGAAAUUUUACCCAAUCUUUCUUCCCGCGAUUUGCUUCAUCUACAUACUUGCUGGCAAAAAGAUCUACGAGAUGAGUCAACCCCGGGAUUCCGGACCAUGCGGACGAUACGAAGUUGCCUUGCUGAUAUUGUCCUGCUUUCUCGGGCUAAUUUUGGCACACGAUGUAAAGAAUGUGCUUGAAGCCAUCUGCCGUCAACUCCUGGAAUUCUAUAUGUCUCUGAAUCUCGACGGAUCCACAUCAGACUCUGAAAUAGACUCCGACACAGAACUCUUGGGGUUACUCUUCCCACAAAAGACUUCAUGAAAAGGAGCGCUGAUACACAGCAAUAACGUAUGCGACUUCCCGGUGCCCUCUUUAUGCGUUAAUGGAAAUGGCCGGUCGUUGUGGGUUAAUUGACGGAUAUGACGCCAAUAGAAUUAACGGGUAGAUUGAGAUCAAGGAGGCAGUUCGUU